AUGCGCGCGGUUUUAGAGCGUUGGAGACCACGAUUGCCCGACAUUCUCGAUGACAUCCUCGCUACCGAGGUACCGCCAGGGAUCGGCGAACUUUGCACCUGCGGAAAACAGGCUGCAACCACGCGUUGUCGAGACUGCUUCCAAAGUCGUCUCCAAUGCCCUCGUUGCCUCAUUCACUCGCAUCGCCAUAGUCCCUUUCAUUGGGCCGAGGUGUGGAAUGGCGAGUUCCUUGUGAAGACCGACCUCGCGGCUCUCGGCCUGACAAUGUACUUGGGACACGACGGAGAUCCGUGCCCGUCUUUGCGCUCGACCUUCCUUCCCAUCACCUACACGAUCACCCACAGCAACGGUGUUCACUGCGUACCCAUUCAGGAGUGUCACUGUCCUGGUCAUCGCGCCACCGUCUCCCAGCUUCUACGUGCCGGGCUGUUCCCCGCCACACUGGAACGGCCGGAAAGCGCAUUCACUUUCGAGGUCCUUCGCCAGUGGGAUAUUCACUUCCUUACGUCGAAAAAGGGCGCAUACGACUACUUUCAAGCCUUGCGACGCCUCACUGACAAUUCAGGCACUCAGAAAGUCAAGAAUAGGUAUCGAGAGCUCAAUGUUGCGGGUCGAAUAUGGCAGUACCUUACCGCUACGAAGCGUUCCGGACUGCAUCACGGGCUGACGCUGCCUAAUCGCGCCCCGUCGAUGACCGUACCUUGCUUCGCAUGUCCGUGGCCUGGUUUCAACAUGCCUCCGAAUUGGAAGGACACGCCGACUGAGCUAACGUACAUUCAUGCAUGCGAGCUAGGCGGCGAUGGCAAUCAUGGGUUGCAGAAGAAGCGGAAGCGCGACGACCCGAAUGAUUGGAGUCUGUGGGAAGGUCGGGGAUAUUUCGUGGAGCACGCGAUUAUGAAGGAGUACCUAGAAGGCAUUGACGCGGAGCCCGUGCCCGAAACAUGCAGUGGUUUCAAGGUGGGACGCGCACAGCGACCGGGGAAGUUCCGCCACCUGGAGGUCAGCGGGGUCGUCGCUGUGAUCUGCAUUCGACACGGUUGCUUCAGACCCAGGGCGAUGGUUGACCUCCAAAAGGGGGAAAGGUAG